UCUCAGCCACCUGUGACAAAUUUGAGUGUUUCUGUUGAAAACCUCUGCACCAUCAUAUGGACAUGGAAUCCUCCUGAGGGAGCCAGUCCGAAUUGUAGUCUAAAGUAUUUCAGUCAUUUUGGCAACAACCAGGAUAAGAAAAUUGCUCCAGAAACUCAUCGUUCAAAAGAAGUGCCCCUGAAUGAGAGGAUCUGUCUGCAGGUGGGGUCCCAGUGCAGCACCAAUGAAAGUGAAAAGCCCAGCAUUUUGGUGGAAAAGUGUAUCUCUCCCCCUGAAGGUGAUCCUGAGUCUGCUGUUACUGAGCUCCAAUGCAUUUGGCACAACCUAAGGUACAUGAAGUGCACUUGGCUCCCUGGAAGGAAUACAAGUCCUGACACUAACUACACUCUAUCCUACUGGCACAGAAGCCUAGGAAAAACUCUUCAGUGUGAAAACAUCUACAGAGAAGGCCAGCACAUUGCUUGUUCCUUUGAUCUGACUAAAGUGAAGGAUUCCAGUUUUGAACAGCACAGCGUCCAAGUAAUGGUUAAAGACAACGCAGGAAAAAUCAGACCAUCCUACAAUAUAGUGCCUUUAACUUCUCAUGUGAAACCUGAUCCUCCACAUAUUAAAAAUCUCUCCUUCCAAAAUGGUGACUUAUACGUGCAGUGGAAAAAUCCACAGAAUUUUCAAAGCAAAUGCUUGUCUUAUGAAGUAGAAGUCAAUAACAGCCACGCUGAGACACAUGAUAUUUUCUAUGUUGAAGAGGCCAAAUGUCAGAAUACAGAAUUUAAAGGAAACCUAGAGGGUACAAUUUGUUUCAUGAUUCCCGGUAUUCGUUCUGAUGCUUUGAACACAGUCAGAAUAAGAGUCAAAACAAAUAAGUUAUGCUAUGAAGAUGACAAACUCUGGAGUAAUUGGAGCCAAGCGAUGAGUAUAGGUAAGAAGGCCAAUCUGACAUUUUACAUAACCACAUUACUCAUCAUUCCAGUCAUCGUUGCAGCCGCAGUCAUUGUCCUUCUGCUGUAUCUGAAAAGGCUCAAGAUCAUUAUAUUCCCUCCAAUUCCUGAUCCUGGCAAGAUUUUUAAAGAAAUGUUUGGAGACCAGAAUGAUGAUACCCUGGUAAGUUCUGACUCAGUGGGGUGUAAAAUUGAUUUUUUGAGGGGAGGCUAUGGGAUUAAAAAUUUUUUUUGGUAAAACAUAUAUAACAUAAAUUUUACCACUUUAACCAGUUUUAAGUAUACAGGUCAAUGACAUUAAGUACAUUUACAAUGUUGUUGAACCAUCCUCAACCAUCCUCACUAUUUCCAGAGUGUUAUCAUCAUCCUAAACAGAAACUGUACCCAUUAAACAAUAACUCUCCAUUCCCCUCAACCCCUGGUAACCUCUGUUCUGCUUUCUAUCUUUAUGAAGUUGCCUAGUCUAGGUACCUCAUAUAAAUGGAAUCCUACAAUAUUUGGCC